AUGGCCAACGACGACUUCCUCAACGUCAUCUCGGCCGUCUUUGGCUGGGUCUACUUUACCCUCUGGAGUCUGUCGUUUUACCCGCAAGCGCUGCUCAACUUUCGCCGGCGGUCGACGACGGGCACCACGGUUGACUUUCCGUUUCUCAACGUCCUAGGCUUCACGUCCUACUUUGCCUCGAACCUCGCGCUGUACUACUCGCGCGACGUGCGGCAGCAGUACGCCGCGCGCAACAGCGGCCUCACGCCGACGGUGCAGUUCAACGACGUCGUCUUUGCGCUGCACGGCCUCGUGCUGUCGCUCAUCACGGCCUCGCAGUACCUCGUCGGCACCGCGCUCUGGCGCUUCCCCGCGACCGCCGGCGGCCACCCCCACCACCACCACCACCACAGCCCGGGCACUCGGCCGAGCCGCUUCGCCACCGGGCUGACCGUCGGCGCCGCGCUCGGCGUCGCCGCCACGUAUCUCGUCGUGCGCGGCGUGCGCUCCGGCGGCCGCCCGGUCGAUCCCGCCGUCGACUGGUGCGAGAUCGACGUCGUCUACGCCCUCGGCUACGUCAAGCUCGUCGUCACGCUCGUCAAGUACACGCCCCAGCUGCUGACCAACAUCCGCAACCGCAGCACCGACGGGUGGAGCAUCUGGCAGAUCCUGCUGGACCUGGUCGGCGGCGUCCUGAGCAUCGCACAGCAGGGCAUCGACAGCUACCUGCAGCACGACUGGAGCGGCAUCACCAGCAACCCCGUCAAGUUUGGCCUCGGCCAGCUGAGCAUCUUUUUUGACCUGCUCUUUAUUCUGCAGCACUAUGUGAUUUACCGCAAGAAGAGCGUCGGUGGCCAUCGUGAAGACGAGACGGAUCGCCUGCUGCCGCCCGGCGAGGAGAGACGUUUAGAUUGA